AUGUCUGCCUCCUCGAUUAAACGCUCGUUACCGACUUGGGCGUCGAUUUCGGCUUGGGCCUUCUUCAGGGCGUGCGGGUGGUUGAGGAGGAGGGACAGUGCCCACUCUAGUGUCCCGGCUGAUGUGUCUGUACCGGCUAUUAACAGAUUCUGCCACACACACAUCAUCUGUAUAAUAUUGGGGCUCCGAUUCCUGCAACGCCAACAGCAUCUCAAUCAUAGUUUUGGGCUUCCCACCGCCGGCGGACCUUCUCCUCCCUUCUUCCACCAAUCCCUGCAUAAAACCGUCCCUCUUUGCCUGCAACUCAAUCAUCUCCUUCUCGCCGCCGCCCAACCCCAGCCACCGCACCACCGGCAGAAAAUCCCCCGUGCUCGACGUCGACACCCUCAGCGACUCCUUCGCGAUCUCCCUGAACUGCCGCGCCUCCUCGGCGUCCUCCACGUUCUCCCCAUAGUAUCUCUUCCCGGCGAUCAUCCUCAUCACCACGUUCAUGGUCAGCUCGAAGAAGGCGGUCUUCAUGUCGACCGCCGAUCCAGGGGCCCGAGCGCUCAGGGCCCGGAUCGUGGAUCUGAGCUCGUCGACCCGGAUCUCGUGAAGCGACUGGAGCUUGUGGCCGGAGAGGAUCUCGAUCGAGGAAAUCCUGCGCAGGUUCCGCCAGUGGUCGCCGUAGGAGGACCAGACGAGAGAGGUGUAGUUGUAGCCGAGGUGUUUGCCGGCGAGCAGGCGGGGACGGUUGGCGAAGACGACAUCGUUUCUGGAGAGGCAGUCCUCGGCGGCGGAGGGGGAAGAGACGACGAGAACGGGGCGGGAGCCGAAGUUGAGGAGGGUGACGGGGCCAUAGCGGUGGGAGAUUUGAGCUAA